AUGGGAGGGGCGCAGAAAUCCUCGGUGUAUAAGAAGUGCUGUUCUCACAAGUAGGGAUUUUACACAGCAACUCAGGACGAACGAAAUGAGCUGCCCCAGAGCCGCUACAAAAUGCUGGAUGGACACCUUCUCCUGGGAUGGUUAUCAUUUACCAUUAUAGUGCAUCUGAUCAGCUUGCCUGGACCGUGCACAGCUUACUUCGGGCUAACAGGUAAUGAACCCCUGUCCAUUUUGCCACUGAGCUCACAGCCAGACGAAAGGGCGGGCAAGGCGCACUACAAGCUGUGUGAUCGACUCAAACUGGAGAAGAAGCAGCGCAGAAUGUGCAGACGGGACCCUGGUGUGGCCGAGACUCUGAUGGAGGCCAUCAGCAUGAGUGCCUUAGAGUGCCAGUAUCAGUUUCGCUUUGAGAGAUGGAACUGCACCUUGGAGGGCCGCUACAGGGCUAACAUUUUAAAGAGGGGCUUCAAGGAGACGGCAUUCCUCUAUGCCAUCUCCUCGGCUGGACUGACCCACGCCAUGGCCAAAGCCUGCAGCGCUGGACGCAUGGAGCGCUGCACCUGUGACGAGGCUCCUGACCUGGAGAACCGCAAGGCCUGGCAGUGGGGAGGCUGCGGAGACAACCUCAAGUACAGCAACAAAUUUGUCAAAGACUUCCUGGGUAAGAGGUCCAACAAGGAUCUCCGCGCCCGGAUAGAUAUGCACAACAGCAACGUAGGAAUGAAGGUGAUCAAGGCGGGGGUGGAGACCACCUGUAAGUGUCACGGAGUUUCAGGCUCGUGUACCGUGCAAACAUGCUGGAGGCAGCUGGCACCCUUCCACGAAAUCGGCAAGGAGCUCAAGCAGCGCUAUGAGACUUCAAUCAAAUUGGCCAGCCCCUCCAAUGAGGCGACCGGGGAAGGCGAGAUCUCCCAGACGCGAACCCAGGGCCAGCAGCCCUCUCCGGGCCCCCGAACGGAACUCAUUCCCCGCACCUCUGACCUUCUCCACAUCGAGGACUCGCCGAGCUUUUGCAGGCCUAGCAAGUAUUCGGCAGGCACCAUGGCCCGCAAAUGCUACAAGGACAAGAACUGCGAGGCCAUCUGCUGCGGCCGGGGCCACAACACUCAGAGCCGGGUGGUGACGAGACCCUGUCAGUGCCAGGUGCGCUGGUGCUGCUAUGUUGAAUGCAAACAGUGCACGCAAAGAGAAGAGGUUUACACCUGUAAGGGGUAAAACCUUCACGACCAUGCAGAUAAUCUCUCACCAGUCUGAACGAGUGGAAGGAAAAAGAGAGCAAACCGUUGGUUUGGAACGGUCUCAAAGACUAGUCGAAAGCACUUUUUUGAGAGGUUUUGCAGGGCAUUUUUUUCUGUUUUCUAUGCGGAGCAGCGCAAAAGCUGUAUAAUAUACACCAAGCCUAAGGGAAUGGUCUACAGCUUUGAGAGACACCUUGGAACUAGAUUAAACAUUUUACGGAGUAAUUCGUCUGCCAAGAUAUCAAUCAGCAGUGAAGUCCAGUCUUGGGCAGACAAUUGUUUGUCCAGUGAUUUGACAGCCUCUGAAUAAUAGCUUCAAGCCGUAUGUGUUCGUAUGUGACUUAAUUCCAACUUGGAGAUGGAAUAUGCAAUGAAAAAUGGUGGCGUCAGAUUUAUUCUACAACACCCACACAAGAGUGUGUAUGCAUAUGUACAUAGAUAAAAUUACAUUAUAAUUCUAUUAUAUACACCACUUAUCUGAGUAUGUUAAAUAACCACUAACCACACAAAUGCUUUAUUGUUUGUGUGCUUGCAUUCACUUUGUGUUGUAAUUCUCUUCGACAAGGCCCUUAGGAAAGCAAUACUUUUUUUGAUUUGUGUUCUUCUGUGGAUAUAAUUUAUGGAACAUCUCAGUCCUUGCAUGGAAGGAAAAUGUGCUUUUCCUUCCUUUUUGCUUUUUUAUUUUAUUAUUUGCUUGACAGAGGAAAUCUUUGCCAGUCUAUUUAAGAUUUAACUCGGCCUUAAACCAACUCUUCAAAUGACUGUUCAGGGAACCAGUGAAACCACUAUGCGCCGUUGGAUGGUAAAGACAUCUCUGAGAUAUCGCAAGGAGCGUUAGUCUCCGUGAUUUAGGCUUCCACUUGAUGACAGGUCUGUCCAUCCAGCUGCUGAUUCAUUGCUGUAAUCGAUGCAGCAGUGCUUUUUAGGACAAUGCUGGUUAAAUAUGAAAUAUGCCAUGGUUCGUGGCCGCUUUACAAUCUGACAGCUGGAGGGAGCAAAUAUGAUUUGAGAAUAAACACGACAGACAAAUUUGCAUCGCAGUAAAAUAGUUCUUAACCUAAUUUUCCCCUUUUUGCAUUGUAUUUUUAGGGGGAAGGGAUAAUUAACCUCAGAGCUACUCUAAAACAUUUUCCAGCAGAUACAGAUGUUGGAAAAUUACGGUGAACGAUUUUAAAUUCAAGUGUAGAUGAUGUACUGCUUGACUGUGGUUCUCUCUUGUCACGUUGUUAACUUUUACGUUUAUGAGCAACCAUAUUGGACAAAUGCCAUAUUUGACAAAAUUGUUUCAUUGAAUCCGUUCACAGUUGUGGAAAGGCUGAACAUGGCAUAUUUUUACGGACGUAGAAGUCUAUAUAUCUUUAUCGUAAAAUAUAAACACUGAAAUUCCAUAUUUUUGAAAAUUAUUUAACAUAACAGCCUGCGUGGAGAAUGCUCUGUGUGACCAAAUGACAGGAUCUAAGUUUCUGAUCAGACUUUUAAUCAGUUUAGUGGCAGCACAAACGUAUGACUUUGUAUUCAGACCGCCAAACUCUGUUGAGACCCACAUUGUGUAAAUACAGUAUAUGGAAAUUAAGAUAUGACAAAAUAUAUAUGAAUUAAUUAUAUAUGCUCCUUUAUUUUUUUAGUUUAGUGUGAAUGAACUACUGAGUGAGAGACCGACAACAAGAAAAAUGGCACCAUUCACGCACUGAAGCUUGGAAGCUCUUUUAUUUAUUUAUGUAUUUUUUUUUUUUAUUGUAAAUAGCUAUGGUUAUGUUCCUGUGGCAUACAGACAAAAGUGAGGCAAAUGCGUACCGCUUUUGGACAGAAGUUUCCAGAAUAAAGAUGUUUAGACCUGUCUGGCUGAGAAGAGGUACGUUGUUGUUUUAAAUUCAAAUUCAAAACUUAAACCGUUUAUUUCAAACUUUUUAUGAAGUGCCAAGUUCAGUGCUUUGUAAAUAAAUGUUACAAUUUUAGAUAAUUAUCCAUAAUAGAUCUCUGUGAAAGUAUGCAUCAUCAAGAAAGCACUGUAUUUGAUCCUAUUUGUGUCAAAUCUUUAAAUGAGCAAAUUAACUUUUAAUUUUGGAUCUGAUGGAUAAUUCAAUAAGGAAAGUUUUGGCGAAUGCUCAACUAAAAAGACAUCAACAUCUACAUGAAUAGACAGCACUACAAAAAAACGUUUUUUUUUAUAGUAAAAAAUACGCAUUUCCAUUUUUGUAUUAGUUUGUAAGACUUUUUGCUUCUCAAGUAAGGAUGUUCAUGUAUUUGCCAUGAGGAAAAAAAGGCUGAUACUUCAUAUCAAUAUGAAGAAAAACUGAUUUUGAUGCAAAUUUUUACUACAAAAACCAAGGGGUGCAGGAAGUUAUUCUGUCUGAGAAGGGAUUCAAUUUUUCUUUCAUUUAAAGUAACGAGCUGAAUUCCAAAUAGUUAUUUGAUGGGGAGACAUGCCAAUUAAAGAAUGCAUGGAAACACAAACAUAGACUUUAGCACGCUAAAUGGAAACCAUAAUGGCUAUGCCGAGUUUUUCACCAGUCAUGUUGUCUGCCCACAGCAGAAGUGAACAGGAAAAAGCAAUGACAUGCAUACAAGAUUUAAUUCUCCUCAUCUGCCCUUUUUACAUCUGUCCUGAUUCACUAAAUACGCUGACAAACAAUGUAGAUAUCACUUUUGGCAUGCUGCAUGUUCUCAGUAAUCAGUAAUAUUUUUUAUUGACAGAAGGCAUUGUGAAAGCAUAUGUUAUACGUUUCUUUUUUGUUGUCGUCUUGUUCCUUAUUCUUACUUUCCAAUGCAACCUGUAUAAAAUGUAUUUGGUAGGAAAAAUGGACACGGAGACAAACUAUAACUUAUUUCGAAAUGAUUUAUGAGCAUGUGUUAAUUGUACAUUUUGUAAAGUUCAAGAUGAUUUUCUAUAUAUUUUCUCUGUCUUGCAUUUUUCUCGUAAUUGGGUAUUUGCUUUCUGGGGUUGAGGUAUAUGUUUUUGUUUUUCUUGCUUUUUUUUCUACAACAUAAUUGCUCCUGAUGGAAAAAUUCCCCCCAAGAUAAAGAACGAUGCAAACCCUCUAAUUCAGUUCCAGUCCUAUUUGUCCUUAUUUAUUAUAAGGAAUGUAUACCAAAGAUUAAAAACAUUUAGUAUGUAACCGAUACUAAACUACAACCCCCACAAUAAGGCUAUACAUGUCCCAGUUAGCUGUAGCAAUCUUAUCACUUGUAGCAUAAAGGCUUUAAAAUGUUAUUCUGUUUUAUACUAUUUUGUUGAUUAUAUGAAAUAAACAUAACUAGCAAGUCAGUCGAUUGUUUUAGACCUACAUUCAUCGAGAGUGGAUCGCAGAGACAUUUUUUUCCAUAAAUUCCAAUGGCUUGGUCACUAUUCUGAUUUUUGUCAGGGUUUGUGCAAUGCUGUAACUAUUAAAAGGCAUUCUUUUUUCUUUUAAGGGCAGAGUUUUUGUCAGUAGUUCGUCUUUGUCCACUUUUUCUUGUCUUAUGGGAAACUAUUUUCCUCUAAAUUAUUUUCCUCUACCUCAUGUGUAUAGCUUGUAGGUAUAAACUGAUCAUGAAUGACUGGUAAGAAUGUAUUUAAGUUAUUUAACAUCUUUGUAUAACAAAGGCAAGAAAAUCUGAAAAUA